AUGAACACACGCCGCACCCUCAAGAGCGGUGUGAGCGUGCUCAGCUCCCAAACAUUCAACAUACAUGUCAUGCGAAUCCGGUGUGAUAAGAGCCAUCUGGUGAGGGAUGCAGUCUGGUUUAUGCGUCCUGACGUGAAAAUUGGUGCUGAUGUUGACAGUGGAGAUUGCAGGUAUGGCACCUUGGCAGCAGCUGCCCCCUGUGACCUUAUCCGUCUGAGGCAUCUGCGGAUCAUUGGAGCGUUUUGUGGCCGUCUCACGCUCUAUUGGUCCCAAAAACGAAACACAGCGCCGGACCAGACCGGCAUCGUCAUGGGGCUGCUGGAGAUCACCCAGUCUGACAGCCCUCUUGACCCCACUGGUCUAAGGGUCAGCAAUGCGGUAACACUGGGGUCAUUCAGCAUCUACAGUCCAAGGUCACAUAGUGUAUUGGAGCCAUGUCUGAGGGCUGAUGUUUGUGUUGUUUUGUUAUUGUGUUUGGUUUGUUGUUUUGUAAACGUGCGCCGACGUCUCCCCAGACCGAAGAGAAAGUCCAAGUAUUCGGCGACACGCAGGCUUCUGCUAAAGACCAAACUGCUGAGAAAAGCAGAAAGUUUGCUUGUGAAAGAAAAAGAGGAAAAAGACGCUGAAAGAGAAAACGCCCUCAGGGAGAAAGCGCCGCCCCUUAAACUCUCCGGCCUUUCUGUUCAAGAACUCCAGGAGCUUUGUAAAGAUUUGCACGAAAAGAUCGACAUUGUGGAUGAAGCGCGAUAUGAUCUUGCUAUAAAAGUCGCCAGGAAUGAUGCAGAGAUUGUGUCGCUUACCCAGAGGGUCUAUGAACUGAAGGGCAAAAUGAAGCGGCCAAAGCUGAAGCGGGUGAAGAAGUCUGCAGGUGCCAUGCUGGGAGCCCUCACAGACAACCGAAUUAUGAAAGCCGACUUCAAAGCAAAUCUCAAAACAGUGAAAAAAGAAGAGGAAAAGAAGGAAGAAGUGACAGACUGGAGGAAAAACGUGGAGGCCAUGUCAGGCAUGGAGGGCAGGAAGAAACUCUUCAACGCCGGGCAAUAGGGGUCGUCUUCAUAUAACAAUAAUUGCUUGAAUUUUAAUGACAUUGAAUAUUGGUAAAUUAUUCAUUUUGUCAACCAGCUGUGUGCUUGCGAUAAAAUGUGAUAAAAUAAAUAUGUGGGCACUGUCCGUAGAGAAGGAUAAUAUUCAUAUCAUAUCAACUAUGUGUAAAUAUUUGCUUCAUACUCUCGUGUUGAUUGAAACAAAUAAGGUUCACCUUCGAGCAUACUGAUUUAUUACCUCUUUGUAGCAUACAAGCAUUUCGUUUUUAAUAAAAUCCACUAUAUUAAGUAA